AACACCCAAUUUUAAUGACCAAAACGAAGCCGUUUCCCAUGCUUCUCAAGCAGCAGCAAUCCUUUCACAUCGUUGGCAAACGGAGCGAUGCAUGGAGUCUCGUCUUACGAGCUGUGACAGAUCAUCAUAAAGUACACCGCAUUGGACGUCAAGACAGUAAUUAUACAUUAGCGCAAGCUUUGCUGAGUUUAUACGACAUGGGAGCGGACAUUGGCAAGAUAAAUAGUACCUACCACAUUAUGGCAGCGGACCUUGAACCUACGGCGUCUAUUAGCCAGGGUAGCAUCAACGCCGAGAAUUGGAGAGCUUACAUCGGCAAAACAGAGAUGUAUCGGGGGUUUGUCGAAUUUUUCGACCGGGAACUUGCUUCACGGGGAGUCGAGAGUGUGUUCGAGGUGUAUUUUCCUUCGCUGCUAGAUGGCUGUCUUGGAUCACAUUCUGUUUCUUUGGCACAUAUAGCAUUUGGUUUGGAGAAUUCCCUCCCAAACAUGAUAUCCGAGGGCAUGGCCCAUAUUUGUACCACUUAUUUGGACACAAGCGACAUAUUGAGCGUUCAGUCAACCACUGGCAUGAAAUGCGACGAGGUCCUCGAUAUGAUUCACUAUGAUCAACGUUUUGACGGUCGUCUAUCUUUACAUUUUGUAAACAACGUCAAACUUUUGCUCAACAGCAGAAGAGAUUUAUUACGCACUUACAUGAACUACAUGCAAACCACACCCAAAACCAUCGCGGAAGCUCAGGCAGAAAAUCAAGAGCUCGUGCAUCUUGCUAUUCUAUUAAUGCAUACUCCAGCCAAUACUACUACCUUCUCUCAGUCUCCGCCGAGAUCACCUACCAAUUCUGACAUGACAAUCAGCUUCCAGUCAACCCAUUCUGUUAUGAGCGGAUCACUACUAUCAUCAGCAAUAGCAGUGAAUCGAAUUAUUCCUUAUGUAAAUUCUAUUGAACUAGUGCAAAGGCUGCUGAGCUUUCAAAGAUUAUCAACCAUAUGUACGUACAUCAUUCAAGGCAGAACACCAAUUCAGUCCUCGUAUGCAGAACCCACAAAAACUUUGGAGGAGUGUAAAUAUGCCAUACUAAGGAGUGGAAAUAUUCAAGCUGGGAUUACUCUUUGCGAUCUCGACUACGCCAACAGCCUUAAUAUCAUAGAUAGCGGUUGCUUUCUCAGUACGGUAAACCUGCUGUCUGACGGGGAACAUACGCAAAGACCUUUCCCCAAGAAGAGCUAUUCAUGGUCAUAAAAAAAAGAGAUGCUUUUCAUGUAUAUAAUGUCCUUUAGGCUUCUUGAAUAAAAUGUAUUAUCUGUUGUCAACAGGCUUCAACAAACAA